AUGGAAAAAGCUUAUUUCGAUGCAAUAACAUCUGAAAGCAAGUACAAGACAAGUGUUGAGGCACUGAACAACCUGCUUCCCGCAUACAAAGACACACACUUCGCCUAUGAUUCAGAUAUCCCUGAGGCAUCACGCCAAGAAAUAUGCAAUUUCCUUCAAGGACCUGACUCAGAGCAGCCGAAUAUAAGCAAACAUUACCUGGUUCACAAGUACUGUACAUCCCUCGGAGAGGCUUGGGCUGCUUUGGCAGCUGUCACGGCCUAUAAGCAGCAUCUGGGUACUGGAGGCAAUGCUGCUUCAAGUGGAAGUGACCAAGGCACUCCUCGACCUAAGAGGGUUCGAAGAAGCACAGUACAUGCGAACUAUGUUCCUUCCGGCGAACAAACAUUCAGACCUAGCCCCCCGAACAAGACCUCCUCCCCCGCCAAGCCUCCCAGCAGUCUCGAGCAAGUCGAAGCAGUCCCGGCGCAAGACCUCCCCUCUGGAGACAACAGCCGUAUGAGCCUUGAGACUACCGGCCUGAAUGGUCAGAUCAUUGCCAUUGACGAUGGCGGAUUGACUCUCAAGCUAGAUGAGGACAACGGUGCUUUUCCCGACCCAGAUUUUACGCCCUAUGAUAUCAGACGAGUGCCUCGCCCAGAUGGUCUAUGCGGCAAUUUUGGCCAGAGACAGAGAUCGUACGGUACAACCGGUCAACGCAAGAAUAACCCUAAGCCUAACAGCACGCAGCAUUACAUCUGCUUUUUCCAGUUAGAUAUGAAGGAUGACUAUUUGGAUGACCUGAAGGAGGGGGAUGUACCGACACAGCCACUGACGGUCACGGUGACCGAGUGGUUCAACCUAAGCCAGAAAAAAGGGAGGACAGCCGUGCUCGAGAACGUCUAUAGCUUGAUCGAUCUGGCCAAGGAGAAGCCAGUAUUCGACUUUGGUGAAGACUGA